UAACACCAAUGAGCAAUGACAAUACGCACGCAACUGUUCAAACAAACAGCUACAAAGUCAGACGCGCUCUUGCAACAGUGUAACGAGGAUACAGCUAACAAAAUGUACAUACUAGUUUUUUUACUUUUGAUUCUACGAGCAUGUGCCGCUCAAGUGAUGACCUACGAAACGGACAUGAAUUUCCGAGUAGAGCCAGGCGAUAGAACGUGCUUCUUCGAGAAAGGGAAAGCCGGUCAGAUUCUCGAAGCUUCGUACCAAGUGAUCGACGGGCAACACGGAGAUAUAGACAUAUCGUUCGAUAUCGUGGCGCCCGAUGGGCUAGUACUAGCUUCAGACUACAAGCAGCCCUACAACUCGCUUAUAAUGGAGUUGGAGCAGGACGGGGACUAUGUGUUCUGCCUGGACAAUACAUUCAGCGUGAUGAACUCAAAGUUAGUGUUUGUGUAUGUGAUGAUAGAGGAUAAAGUUGCUGAGGCAGUUGAGAAAGCAUCAGAGCCCGGAGUUAGUGAAGUCGAACAAGAAGAAGUCUUAGAGUGGACGGGCACAUUGCCGAACGGGGAGGUUUACUACAUGGAGGUGGCGCAUAUUGCUGAUUCGCUCACGCGCACCCUGAAGCUCGUAGUGCGCGCGCGCCAUCUAUUGGACAUCUACGGAGCGAGCAAGUCGCGCGACAGUUACGCGGCGUUCGAGGACACCUUCAUCGUCGACCUGUGGUCGGCCUUCCAGAUCACUUUCAUGUGUACCGUCGGAACGCUUCAAGUUUACAUGAUAAAGAAACUGUUCAAUAAGUCUACUAAAAAUGUAAAUAGAUUAUAUUAGGUAU